GUAUGCGUCGGACGAGCUCUGCGCAGAUGAGCAGGUCGUGCUGGCUGCAGUGGAGCAAGAUGGCAAUGCAAUGCGCUAUGCCUCUCCUUCCUUGAAAGCGGACCCAGUCUUUGCGUUGGAAGCUGUGCGGAAGAGUAGCGAGGCGAUCCUCUACGUGUCGAGAGAGCUUCGCCAGGACAAGCAGUUCACGCUUCAAGCCGCCUUGAGUGGCUGUUCCAGAGAUCUUUUAGAUCCUAGACUUCGCGUUUGGCUGGAGCAGCGGGACGAGCUGCUGGCACGGAUGCGGGCGGCCAUAGACGGACAGGAUGUUUUCGGGGUGCGUGAGGUCAUCAAGGAUGGGGAGGAGCAUGGCCUUUCGGACGAAGACCUCUUGGAGCCCCGCCGAGCGCUAAAGAAGCUGAUCAAGUACAGUGAAGUCGGCAGCCUGUGGGAGCCACUACGUCGACGCGAAGGCGAUCGCGAGCCGCCCAUCGUCCUCAUCCGAGGCUCCUGGCUGGCCAAAUUGGCCAAAGAAGGCGGUCGCCUGCCACGACGUCAAGAGCUCCCUCCCGAGGCAAUUUGGGACUGCGAUGAGCUGGAGAGAGAUGCUGAGGAGUUCGACAAGGGGCGCCAUCGGCUCGCCACGCGUGUCGUGGCAAUCUCGUACUGCUGGCUACGGUGCGAACACCCAGAUCCAUGUGGCACGCAGCUGGCAGCAGCAGGUGCUUUAGCCAGCAGCUGCCUUGAGGAGCUGGGCGACGGUGUCGACCUGGCGAUCUUCUUGGAUUACUGCAGCCUCUUUCAGGAGCCCCGCACUGAGAUGGAGAACGAAGUUUUUCAGGAAAGCUUGCAGCAUGUUGCCAUUUGGUAUGCGCACAAGAAGACGCAGGUUUGGGUGCUCACCGUGACGCCCGAAACCUGCGGACUGCCGGUGGAGCUGGGUGGAACUGAAGUCGUGGAGCUACCGGUGCUACCCUAUGAUGUACGGGGCUGGCCCAACUUCGAGCGUAACGUGGCCGAGCUUCUUGCUUGCGAGGGUGGAGCCGGCCAGUCCAUACUUCUGAUCAAUGAGGGAGCGCUGGAGCAGCUCCUGCAGCCGGAUCGGAUGCCAUGGCCCGAAGUGCUGGAUGCUUUCAAGGCCAACCAGGAGCCCCCAAAGGUGCCGGACGCCUUCUGCGACCUGUUAGCGACAAAGACGUUCACUGCAUCAGAGGAUCUGAAGAUGCUGCAGGCGGCAGGCAAGGGUGGCCCGGCGGGCUGCUGGAGCCGGGGCCGGUCAGACGCGGUGGGGGUGGGCGGCGUGGGGGCCGGGGCUGGGCGAGCCGCGGCCGGGGAGGCCGGUCCAGGGCCAAACUACAACGACCAUGCUUGCUUCUGGAAGGCUAAAGGAACCAUGACGCUGUAA